CAGAUACUAGCAUAUUGAUAUGUUUAUCUGACCAAACCCGUGCAAACAUACAGCAACCUUAACUUUUUUUAGAAAUAAUCCCUGCGACGAAAAUACGGCACCGCUACCUAAAUUUGACUCGGACUACAUCCGUGAAUGGCGGGAACAGGAAAAAGGAGCAUGCCGGACAACUCAUCUCAAUCCUCCAAAAAAAGAAAGGGAGGCGGUAAUUGGCAUAAGCAGCAAAAUGGUAAAGCUGGCAUUGAAAGUGGGGACUGGGGAGUUAUUGUAACCUGCGACAUGGGAAAGGAAGGUAAAUGUAUCUCGGAGGUGCUUGAUCUCUUCUCCCAGAGCAUCGAAACGCCAGACGCUGGGGGUCAAGAUGGUGACUCCGGCUCGGAGGACGAAGAUGAUAUCGAAGCCCAAAUCAGAAAGGAAGUCGAAGGGCUGAAGCCUAGCUCGGCCAAGCCUCGUCAGUUUCAGGCCAUCAGGCUGGACAUUCCGUGUGUAUUGUUCAUACGAUUCGAUAAGUCGAUUGAUCCCGAGAAACUAGUCCAUCAGAUUUGCGUGGAUGCGCAUGCCAACCCGCACAGGAAGAGAAGUCGAUACAUCCAACGAAUGACGCCUGUCAAAUCUAUCCGAAAGACUCUCAGUGUUGAUUUAGAGGCUUUUGCGCGUGAGAUUUUAAAGCCUCACUUUCACUCCGGUGGGGGUCCCAGAAAGUUCGCUAUCCGACCUGCGAUAAGGAGCAACCAAAAGUUCGACAGAGACAGUCUCAUCAAAACAGUAGCCAGUGUUGUGGGACCUGAGCAUUCUGUUGAUCUCAAAAAUUACGAUCUCAUUAUCCUUGUUGAUAUUAUCAAGAACGUGAUUGGGAUGAGUGUUGCCGGAAGUGACUACGACAAGCUGAAAAGAUACAGUCUAGCUGAGCUCUACAAGCCAGCACCGAGCUCACAGGAAAUCGAGCCCAAACGGUCAACUGAUUGAAUCCGGUUUGAAUCGAUUUUCGUAGAAUAUGAGACAUUUUGGCUUGAGCGGUGGAAAUAGUGAAUGUCAACCUUGGAUACUUAAGAAAUAUUACACAAUGCAUCAUUACAGUAUUUUUUUUUUUUUC